UGAGAAAGGAGGAUGUGGUGACCCUGGAAUUCCAUCAUACGGGAAAAGGACCGGCAGUAGUUUUCUGCAUGGAGAUACACUUACCUUUGAAUGUCAAGCAGCUUUUGAACUGGUGGGAGAGAGAACGAUUACAUGUCAACAAAACAAUCAGUGGUCUGGCAACAAACCCAGCUGUGUUUUCUCAUGUUUCUUCAACUUCACCACACCAUCUGGAAUUAUUCUUUCACCUAAUUAUCCAGAGGAGUAUGGGAACAACAUGAACUGUGUAUGGCUGAUUAUCUCAGAGCCAGGAAGCAGAAUCCAUCUGAUUUUCAAUGACUUUGAUGUUGAACCUCAGUUUGACUACCUUACUGUGAAAGAUGAUGGGAUUUCAGAUUUACCACCUCUUGGCACUUUUUCUGGCAAUGAAGUCCCUUCUCAACUAGCGAGCAGUGGGCACAUAGUAAGACUUGAAUUUCAGUCAGAUCACUCUACAACUGGAAGAGGAUUUAAUAUCACUUACACAACAUUUGGUCAGAAUGAGUGCCAUGAUCCAGGUAUUCCUAUAAAUGGGAGACGUUUUGGAGACAGGUUCCUUCUUGGAAGUUCUGUUUCUUUCCACUGUGAUGAUGGCUUUGUGAAGACACAAGGCUCUGAAUCCAUAACAUGCAUUAUGCAAGAUGGAAAUGUAGUAUGGAGCUCAGCUGUCCCCCGCUGUGAAGCACCAUGUGGUGGGCAUUUGACAGCAUCGAGUGGUGUGAUCUUACCACCAGGGUGGCCAGGAUACUAUAAGGAUUCACUUAACUGCGAAUGGGUGAUUGAAGCAAGACCAGGACAUUCCAUUAAGAUUACUUUUGACAGAUUUCAGACUGAGGUUAAUUAUGAUACUUUGGAAGUCAGAGAUGGACCAGCUAACUCAUCACCGUUAAUUGGAGAAUACCACGGAACACAAGCACCCCAGUUCCUUAUCAGUACUGGCAAUUACAUGUAUCUGCUCUUCACUACAGAUAACAGUCGUUCCAGCGUUGGCUUCCUAAUUCACUAUGAGAGUGUUACUCUGGAAUCAGAUUCCUGCCUUGACCCAGGAAUUCCUGUGAAUGGCCAUCGCCAUGGAAACAAUUUUAAUAUCCGCUCUACAGUAACUUUCAGCUGUGAUCCAGGAUAUACACUGAGUGAUGAAGAACCACUCAUAUGUGAAAGAAACCAUCAGUGGAAUCAUGCAUUACCCAGCUGUGAUGGUAAGUGUCAUGUUCAUCAGAUGGAAGAAGUCCAAGGAAGCUGA